ACAACUCUUGUCCGUGAUCAUCAAGAUUCACGAGAAAGAGAAAACCUAGGGUUUGAUCAUGAUAUAAAGGCCCCCUCAUUGUUUCUUCACUCAAACAUAUAUUCCACUUUCGCUAGUUUAGCUACCUACCCAUGGGAAAGAUUGCCCUAGCCAAUGUCCUCUUGGUCCUUCUCUUGAACUUGAGCACUUUGCUCAAUGUUCUUGCUUGUCCCUAUUGCCCUUACCCAUCUCCCAAGCCUCCUCCAAAAAAGCCUCCCAUUGUGAAACCACCAGUUCACAAACAACCAAAACCAUGUCCACCACCCAAGUCAUCUCCAAAACCACCCCAUGUACACCCACCCUAUGUCCCAAAACCUCCUCACUACCCUAAACCACCAGUUCAUCCACAUCCACCCCAUGUCCCAAAACCUCACCCUAAGCCUCCACUGCAUCCACAUCCACCUUAUGUCCCAAAACCACCAGUUGUUAAACCACCCUAUGUCCCGAAGCCACCAGUUGUGAACCCUCCCUAUGUCCCAAAACCACCAGUUGUGCCAGUUACACCACCAUAUGUUCCAAAACCACCAAUUGUGAACCCUCCUUAUGUCCCAAAACCACCUGUUGUCCCAGUUAGACCACCAUAUAUCCCAAAACCACCAGUUGUGCCAGUUACACCACCUUAUGUGCCAAAACCACCCAUUGUUUAUCCACCUGUAGUACCAACACCACCAAUUGUGACACCACCUAUUGUGUAUCCACCUGUAGUCCCUGUGCCACCAUUACCACCCAUUGUGACUCCACCAAACCCUCCAAGUGAAACACCAUGUCCACCACCACCACCACCACCAGUGGUGCCAUAUCCACCACCAGCACAACCAACAUGCCCCAUUGACAGCCUAAAACUGGGGGCAUGUGUGGAUGUGCUCGGUGGCCUCAUACACAUUGGCAUAGGCAGCAGUGCCAAGCAGACAUGUUGUCCAGUGCUUGCAGGGCUUGUGGACUUGGAUGCUGCAGUGUGUCUCUGCACAACCAUUAGGGCUAAGAUUCUCAACAUCAACAUCAUCAUCCCUAUUGCUCUUCAGCUUCUCAUUGACUGUGGCAAGACCCCACCUGAUGGAUUCAAGUGUGCAGAUAGUUAGUUAAUAUAUAUUUAAUCACUAAGGUCCCCAAGGACCAAGGAAUUGCAUAACUCAUGCAUGAAUAAAAACAAGUUGAGAAGAUCGAUGUAGUGAAGGAAUUCUCUUUCGUUUCUCUUUCAUCAAGUUGUUGCUGUAUACCAAAGGCCAAGGACAACAUAAUUGUACUAAGAGGGACAAUCUUGGUUUACUUGUUCAGACUGGAUAAUUUUCUGACAUGCCUUGUAUACAAAGUCAUGCAAUAUUGCCAUGGCAUUUAUUUAAUUAUUUUCUCUGUUUUUCUUUGUCUAUUUCAUGUGGUUCUGUGUGCAUGUCAGCCUGUGUAAGCUCACCCGUGAGUACGCUGGGAAAUGUACAAGUUAGUGAAGUUUUAGAUUUUUCUUAGAAAUGGAUAAUUUGUUACGCGUUUUCUCUUUUAUUA